CGGUGAAUAGAGCAGAGCAAUGAUGGGGAGGGCAAUUUGGGUGCGUGAGUCAGACUAUAGGAGCUGAUGAAGCAAUUACGGGCAUAAAGACGGGUUUGACGUCACUGUAGUAUGUAGCCCCCAACAGCAGGCUAAUGUCCAAAUCAAGUCCGAACAUCUCGACAUUCAACUGGCGGUUCUCGGCUGUCAGGCAAGAAAAACAAACCCCUUUCCAAGUUUGUUGCCGUGCCUGGACAGGUGCGUACUCUCUAUCUAUAGAGGCUGGUAUCCUGCCUAGGCGCGGACAAGGGUGGGGGGUUCCAUGCGAAUAUGGCUUGCAACGAGCGUCCCACCUUUCAUGGGGAAAAGUGGACGAGCUUCAGUCCAUGAGCCAGGCCAUCUUAGACCUUGGAUUGAAAGUGGGUGUGAAGUGGGUUGUGAUGUUAUUGUCACUAGUGCCGGGUCUGGAAGGAAGAACCGAGCCAAAUCGAGUCCAUUACGCACAUAAGUAUAUGUGUCGUAUCAGUCACUUGAGUCAAGCUAGAAGAUCAACCAAAAUCACCAUCAUUAGCCCGAACCAAAAAAAAAAUAUGGAACGAAAACUUACUGGGAAGCAUUCAAUCUCGCCUGCGAAAACCUCUACACAUUAAACUUGGCCUGCCAUAUCCCUCCCGUCCCUGCCCGUAUACUCCUCUAGCUGCUCAAACCCCUCACAUUCCGCCGCUCGCUCACAUCCUCAUUGGUCCUACACCUGCACUCCCACUCCGCCUUCCCGCACCACUAGCAUUCCCACCGCCCUGUCCCUCCGCUACAGCCUCGUCCACGAUCUUCUCCAUAGACAUCCUUGUUCAAAGAGUAUGAUAUAGGUCGAAAAAAAAUGGCACCUUGAAUUUACGACGGAAUCGAACAGUACAAGGGGACUCCAACCAAUUCUGAGCACGAUCCUCUGCA